AUGAAGUCCGGUGUGACUACAAACUAUCUUGAUGAAGUCUUCCACAACGCUUGCGUCGAGCAAGAGGCCUUGGACAUGACUAUUGAGAUAAUCAAGCCAGGUGUUCCAAUUCGAGAAUUUGGCAAGAUUUUCGAGAAGCACGCAGCCUUUAGAGGGCUUGCAGUCAUGAAGGCUUGGAGUGGUCAGGGUAUCGAUCCGGAAUUUCACCCUCCUCCUUGGAUCCCCCACUACGCGAAGAACAAGGCUGUGGGCACGUGUAAACCCGGGAUGACAUUCACAAUCGAACCGAUCACGGCUUUGGGCAGGAACCGAGAAGUGUACUGGCUAGAUGACUGGACAAAUGUCACCGUGGACGGUAAAUGGACAGCGCAAUUCGAACAUACUGUACUUGUCACAAAGACAUGUGUCGAGGUUCUGACCGCGAGACUCGAAAACUCCCCAGGAGAUCCAAUUUCAAUACCGGAUGCUGCAAAAGGAGAUAUGAGCAGCAAAAUGAAAAACUGGUAA